AACCCAGCUGCAGAAGCGGCCGCCACCUCCGCUGCACAAGGUGUCUCAUCAGAAAAGAAACCUGAGCCCCAGGGAGGCGGCGCGGAGCCGACCCCGGCAGGGCUGGCGGGAACCGCGCUGGAGGGCGCCGGGCAGAGCUCCCGGACCAGGGGGAGCUCCGCGGCGGAGGACCUUAGCCACCUGAUCCUGGGACCCCGGCUCCACGCUCUCCUCGCUUUUUACAGAUUUCCCCCCCGCGGCUAUCUCCCCAAAACGGAGCCUGUAUCUCAAGAGAAGGUGCAGGAGCUGGGGCAACCAGGACUUUCCCGGGCACCCAAGAUGCGCUCCAUUCGGAAGAGAUGGACGAUCUGCACGAUAAGUCUGCUCCUGAUCUUUUAUAAGACAAAAGAAAUAGCAAGAACUGAGGAGCACCAGGAGACGCAACUCAUUGGAGAUGGUGAAUUGUGUUUGAGUCGAUCACUUGUCAAUAGUUCUGAUAAAAUCAUUCGAAAAGCUGGCUCAUCAAUCUUCCAGCACAAUGUAGAAGGUUGGAAAAUCAAUUCCUCUUUGGUCUUGGAAAUAAGGAAGAACAUUCUUCGUUUCUUAGAUGCAGAACGAGAUGUCUCGGUGGUCAAGAGCAGUUUUAAGCCUGGUGAUGUCAUUCACUAUGUGCUAGACAGACGCCGGACACUAAAUAUUUCCCACGAUCUACACAGCCUCCUACCUGAAGUUUCGCCCAUGAAAAACCGCAGGUUUAAGACCUGUGCAGUUGUUGGAAAUUCUGGCAUUCUGCUAGAUAGUGAAUGUGGAAAAGAGAUUGACAGCCACAAUUUUGUAAUAAGGUGUAAUCUAGCUCCCGUGGUGGAGUUUGCCGCAGAUGUGGGAACUAAAUCAGAUUUUAUUACCAUGAACCCAUCAGUUGUACAAAGAGCAUUUGGAGGCUUUCGGAAUGAGAGUGACAGAGAAAAAUUUGUGCAUAGACUUUCCAUGCUGAAUGACAGUGUCCUUUGGAUUCCUGCUUUCAUGGUCAAAGGAGGAGAGAAGCACGUGGAGUGGGUUAAUGCAUUAAUCCUUAAGAAUAAACUGAAAGUGCGAACAGCCUAUCCAUCAUUGAGACUUAUUCAUGCUGUCAGAGGUUACUGGCUGACAAACAAAGUUCCCAUCAAAAGACCCAGCACAGGUCUCCUCAUGUACACACUGGCCACGAGAUUCUGUGAUGAAAUUCACCUGUACGGAUUCUGGCCAUUCCCUAAGGAUUUGAAUGGAAAAGCUGUCAAAUAUCAUUACUAUGAUGACUUAAAAUAUAGGUACUUUUCCAACGCAAGUCCUCACAGAAUGCCAUUAGAAUUCAAAACAUUAAAUGUGCUACAUAAUAGAGGAGCUCUAAAACUGACCACAGGAAAGUGUGUGAAGCAAUAAAGCACAUUUUAAAACAUACACGCAAACUGAAUAUGCACUUCUUUUCUGAAGAUGCUUCCGAAGAUUUGAACAUAGGAUCCAAAACAAGGCUGGGUUUCAGCAUCCACCAAUGGACUGUAAAGUUGAUAAAGGACGUUUAUGAGAAAUCCACUACCAGCUGAUGAAAUACCUGCAAAGUGCUCUGAAAAUUAAAUAGUUUGACUUCAAGGGUCCUAGUAAGUGCCACUUCCACUAAGAACACAGUUUGAAUGUAUAAUCAGUAGUGUUUACAAGAUCCAACAAUGCACUCACCAUUAUUCAAUGAAGCAAAAUAUGUUCAUCACUGUCGGGCCGCCGCUGCAAUGCCAAGCACAUUAGAAGAGGAACCCAGGAACACAACUCAGCCCUUGGGAAAUUAAACCAUCCUUGUCAGCAGAAAUCAAGAUGAAAAUAGUUUGAGCAGUGAAA